ACAUCAUUUUUUAACGCGUAUAGUACGAGAAAACAUCUCUUGACUUUCACAAAUCUACCCAAAAAUAACGAAUCGAAAAACUCUUACAAAAUUCUUCUCCUCAUCCCCACCAAAAAACAAGUGAAAAAAAAACCUAAGCAAAUUCAGACCAAAAAUCCUCAUACUUUUAGCUGCUUAGAUGUAGCUUAAUGAAACAAAUUCCAAAAAGGGGUUACAAUUUUCUUGGUUUCUUGAAAAAAAUUUCAUUUUCUUGAAAAUUUUAAGGUACCAGUUUCACUCUAUUUUUUUCAUCUUCUUCAGUUGUUCUUUGUUUUUUUCUUUUUUAAUGGCUUUGUAUAGUAGGAAGAUACUAGUUAUAGCUAAAGAUAAAAUGGCUAUUUGUUUAAAUUGUUCACCAGAAAGAUGUCCUACUGAAUGUGGGGUUGGUCCAUUUUUGCCCCCCCCUUCUAAUCCUGUUACAAGUGAAAGUCAUCAUAUGCCAUUUUAUUUUAUAAUUAUGCUUUGUGUACUUGGGGCAAUUUUUGUGUUUAUUUGUUAUAUGAUUACUCUUAAAAAGUUCAAAAUGAAUACAAGAAGAAGUUCUCAAGAUUUGAGUGGAAAUAGUGAAGAUUUUAUUGAUGAAAAUCAAGGACCAAUUUUGGAUCAUCCAAUUUGGUAUAUACAUACAAUUGGCCUACCACAAUCGAUAAUUGAGUCUAUACCUGUGUUUAGGUAUACUAAGAAAGAAGACUUGAUUGAAGGUACUGAUUGUUCUGUUUGCUUAACUGAAUUUGAAGAAGAUGAAAGUCUUAGGUUGUUGCCUAAAUGUAGUCAUGCUUUUCAUGUUCCUUGUAUUGAUACUUGGUUGGUUUUACACACGAAUUGCCCCGUGUGUCGUGCUCCUAUUGUUUCUGAUUUAAAUGCUGCAUUACAAAUGAACAAUGUGGAAAUUUCCUCUACUGGUGUAAAUGAUUCUAGAGCAAGUGAUGUUAAUCCAGUGGAGAAUAGAAAUAGUGGCUAUGAUUUGGAUAAUCAAGACUUGGUGGAAGAGGAAAGUCGCGAAAUGAGGCUAGGAGGUGAAAAUCUUGAUGUAUUGCCUAAUGAAGAAGGGAAAGUUAUUGGAAUUUUGGAGAAAAUACAUGGUGUUUUAGAUGAAAGGGGAAAAGGGUUGCGAGUAUUUAGCGAUUUAGCUGAGCGUUGUGUGAAAGUAAACGACGAAUUGCAGCCAACACGGAGGUCUGUUUCAAUGGAUCCAUCAGCUGUUUCAUUAGUACAUUUUGCUAUGAAUGAAACGAACUUGGAAAAUGGCGAAGGGUGUUCAAAUUUAGAUGAUCAAUUGGUUGAAAAGACGGAAAAUUCUGAUAUAAGUUCAAAGAAAGGAAGUAGAAAUUCGAGCUUAUAUGAAGUGAUGAAGAGUUCUUCCUUCGGUCGUUCACUGCAGAAAGUGCCAAUUUGUAUGAUCAAAAGGUCCUUUUCUACUAAUGGAAAGUGUUCAGUAUCCACAAGUGAAAAAGAGGUCAAGAAUCAAGAAAAUCAAUGUAAGUGAAAUUCAAAGACUUUGGUUCUUGAAUUUCAGAAGGGGUUCAAGUUUUUGCAUUUGGAACCCUGUCAAAAAACAUAUUGGAAAAUAAUGUCCACUUAAUAAGAACUUAGGAACAGCUCAAUUGAGCUGAUUCAGAAUCUUCAAAGGAAAGUUCUUUGAAAG